AUCAUGAUCCUUGAAGAUUCACAUAACCUUAUGCAAUACUAUAAGAUUUACGUGGAUGUCAUCUAACUUAAUUGAUAAAGUCUUAUGGGAUUUCUGCUCGAGACCUAGGAUGAAAUCCUGUCUACAUCAUUGCGUUUAGUCGCUCAUAAAAAAACUGUAAGAUUUAUGAUUUUUCAAAAAAAAAAAAGAAAUAAGAAAUGUAGAGUUGAAAAUGAAAAUAGUGUUGGAAAUGAGUGGUCAAAAUCACAAGUUAGGGGUGGGCAAUGUCAAUUGUGUGUGAAGAAAAAACACACAAAAAGAAAGGAAAUAAGACGGAAUAGAUAACAGAUGCUUAGAAAUAGGGCGGGAAACGUGGAUGAAAUGUCGAAAUUACAGUUACUAAACUUGAGGCCAUCCAAAUAUUACCACAAUUAAUCUCUAAACUUCCCUUUUUUUCCCUAAUUAAACUCAUUACACCAAUCAAACUUCCCUAAUUAAUUAAUUAUCUUAGUUAAUUAAUAGGGGAUCAGAUCAUCUUAUCAUCCCUUUGUACAAUUAGUACAUGCAUUAUCUAUCUAAUUACUAUUAUAACUAUUAUUAAUUAGAACACUUAAAAACACAAAACCAAAAAAAAAAAAAAGUGGGAGAUCAUCAAAAUCAAGAUCAAAAUGGCGCAAGAACAAAUGAGGAGGAGCCCAGAAAAAGAGAUAAAAAGUGGUGGAGGAAGUGAUAGCAUUAGUGUUACUAAUAAAAAUAACAAUGUGAGUGGCGUACGAGGUGGCGGCAGCAGCGGCGGAGGCGGCGGAAGCGGAGGAGGGUUUAAAUUUAAUGCACAAGCGGCUGAAUUUGUGCCUAGAUCAUAUAGUUGUAAUAGUAGUUAUACUAAUCAUCAAAUGCCAUUAUCUACAGGAUAUUUUUAUCCAUGUGUGCAAUUUUUGCAAGAUGGGGAUCAUGUUUUGGGUAGUCAUUCUGCUGAUUGGUUUUACGUUAAUCCUUCGCCGACUACGUCGACCCAUAACAAUAAUAGUAAUAGUAAUAGUAAUAGUAGUAGUAAUAAUAAUAAUGUUACGAAUAAUGAUGUUAGUCCUAUUCAGACUACACGUAUUAUUAUUUCCAAUUCCCCGUCUCAAUCUCACCCGAACUCGCCACGAAAUUCCGUUACUGAUGAUCUCCAACAAAAGAUCAUUAAACAGGUAGAAUACUUAUUUAGUGAUUUGAGCUUAAUGGCAAAUGAUACCAUGUCAAAACAUGUAAGCAAGGAUCCUGAAGGUUAUGUUCCUAUUCCUGUCAUUGCAUCUAUGAAGAAAAUUAAAGCCCUGGUUACUGACCAUCAUUUGCUUGUCCAAGCUCUUCGCUCAUCUACCAAACUUGUAAUUAGUAAGGACAACAAGAAGGUCAAAAGAAGAAGCCCGUUUACAGAGAGUUACAGAGAUGAGCUCCAGUGUCGUACUGUAAUGGUUGAGAAUUUGCCUGAUGAUCAUUCUUACCAAAACCUUGAGAAAAUAUUUAGUGUAGUUGGCAGCGUGAAGGCGAUUAGAUUAUGCCAUCCCCCGGAAGCUAAUCCUUCUCGUUCCAAGAAUGAUGUUAUUAUCAGUAACAAGCUUCAUGCACUUGUGGAGUACGAAAAUGUUGAAACUGCAGAAAGAGCGGCGGAAAAGUUGAAUGACGAGAGAAACUGGAGAAAAGGAAUGCGAGUCAGGGUGAUGCUACGACGCUCGCCUAAGUCUGUUUUGAAGACCAGGAAAUCAGACUUUGAUAUGCUUACUGAUGAUGAUGAACCGUCAUAUGGUGAUUCGCCCAAAGAAACUUCUUCCCAACUAAAUGGUGCAGAAUUUGUAACAGAGAACAAUGUUGCACAGCAAGCGGAAGAAACUUCAGGUGGCUUAAAAAGAUUAGGAUCAGGAAGGAUGCGUGUUAAAACCAAAGGACGUGCCCAAUGUCAUAAUGAUCGUGGCUUGCUUUCUUCUCCUACGCAUUCAAUUGGUGCUGUGCAAUGUGAUACAUUAUUAUUAACCAAACAAAUAACCAAAGGACCAAGAAUGCCUGAUGGUACUAGAGGUUUUACUAUGGGACGCGGCAAACCGAUUACGAGUACCUCUACUACAACCUCACUUGUCGAGUGAGACUUUGCUACUAAUUAAUAACAAGUCCUUUAUUGAAUAUUGUUGAGAUAGAUUCAUUACUAUACAACAAUUUUAUUUUCUUUAACAAAAAAAAAAAAAAAAAAGAGACUAGAAAAAAAAAGUGAAAGCAAGCAAGAUAAAUACUGCUUAUACAAGUAUAUGUAAGAUAUUUUGUGAGUUUGGCUUUUGAAGAUGUAUUCUUUUUUUGAGCUGACAUAUGAUAAUAAGAUUUCACAAUU